AUGCUGGGCUGCAUUGAAAAACCCGAGAAUCGUUGUGUGUACUUUGACAAUUUCUUCACUGGUAGAGAUCUUCUGAUUCAUCUGAGAAAUUUGGGUUUUCGAGCAACUGGGACUGUUAGAGAGAAUCGAGUUGAUGACUGUCCACUACCGAGCAGCAAUGAACUGAAAAAGACAGUUCGACGAAAAUAUGACUACCAGUUCGACAGGAAUGGUGAAGUCUUAUUUGUUCGAUGGCACGACAACAGAUGCGUUACAAUUGGUACAAAUUUUGACAAUGUUGAACCUUUGGGAGCAGCUACGCGGUACAGCAGACAGGCAAGUAAGAAGACACAAGUGCACCAACCUGCCGUUUUGAAGUCGUAUAACGCGUACAUGGGAGGUGUUGACCAUCAUGACUGGUUAGUUGGAAAAUAUGCGACGGUAAUUAGAGGGAAAAAAUGGUGCUGGGUCCUAUUUACACGUAUACUGGAAAUGGCCCUCAUAAAUGCCUGGCUCUUCUACAGACUAAUACAUGGGAAAAAUGCACUGGAUUUACAACGUGCUGUUACAGUUACAUACCUGAAAUAG